AUGGAAAACUAUUAGCAUGAUCAAUAAUAUAAUAUUAUUCCAUAAUAAGAAGAAAAUGUUUAAUUAAACUAAAUUUUUGAAGAAAGAGAGGAGGUUGAUCCAUGCAAUUUUUGUUUAUUGUUAAUAUGCGGAAUAAGUACUUUAUUUGGAGGCUAUUUAAUAUCAAUGACUGUAUUCAUAAAUGAAUAUUCAACUAAUAAUUGCAUGACUAUAGUUUAAAUACUUAAAUAUUAUUCUUAAUAUUUAAUGAUUGAUGGGAUGGUUUAAAUGUACAUAUUGAACAAUAUAAUAAAGAAUUGUUAUUUUCAUUAUUUUUUGUUGUUUAAUACCUAUUUAGAAGUAUAAUAUUAAAAAAUAAGUCGAUAAACAAAUAUCAUUUUAAUUUUAUGAUCAACUCUUCAUUUUUAUUGUUACAAUUAUUAUAUUAGCAAUAACAAAAGAUUAAAAAAGUUGCUUAAACGUUGGGAGUAAAAUAUUAUUAGUAUUAUAUGUACUAUUAAUUUAUUUUUUGACAUUUAUUUUGGCAGCUUAGAAAUGGAAUUUAUGA